AUACACCACCACAUCCACACACCUUAUAAUUAAAGAUAAUAUUUCAUUCUCCUAUGUCUUAGUAAAACUAUAGCAAACACAUUUCAUACCACACAACACAAACACAAGCAAGAGCUAACAUAGUAUAGCAAUGGCUCAAACUAUGUUACUCAUGUCUAGUGUCUCUAGUACUUAUUCCGUGGAUUUGAAGAAAGACCCUUUGCUUCAAUUACAGUGUCAAAGAUUAAGGCCUAGGUUUUCUGAUGUUUCAUUCAACCCACUUCCUUCAAAUUCUAAGUGUUUUUCAUCACGCACAUUCACUACUUUGGCUCUAUUCAAAUCAAAGACCAAAGCUCCUGCUAAGGUUGUUAAAAAGCCAAAGCCAAAGGUUGAAGAUGGUAUCUUUGGAACUUCUGGAGGAUUUGGUUUCACUAAGCAGAAUGAACUCUUUGUGGGUCGUGUUGCUAUGAUCGGUUUUGCAGCAUCAAUAUUGGGUGAAGCAUUAACUGGCAAAGGAAUUCUAGCACAAUUGAAUUUGGAAACCGGAAUUCCAAUUUAUGAAGCUGAGCCACUUCUCCUAUUUUUCAUCAUUUUCACCUUGCUAGGAGCCAUUGGAGCUCUAGGUGACCGUGGUAAAUUUGUUGAUGAUGAGCCUAACACUGGAGGAGUUAUUCCUCCAGGAAAAGGAUUUAGAUCAGCUCUUGGUCUCAGUGAAGGAGGUCCUUUAUUUGGAUUCACCAAAUCCAAUGAAUUGUUUGUUGGAAGAUUGGCUCAAUUGGGUUUUGUUUUCUCUUUGAUUGGAGAAAUUAUUACUGGAAAGGGAGCUCUAGCUCAGCUCAACAUUGAGACUGGGGUCCCAAUUACUGAAAUUGAACCAUUAGUGUUGUUCAAUGUUAUUUUCUUCUUCAUUGCUGCUUUGAAUCCUGGAACUGGCACUUUUGUAACAGAUGAUGAGGAAGAUUAGAUUAGACAGUAACCACUUUGUUUGUACUUAAAGAAAACUUUUACGUUUGUUCAUCUAUCAUCAAUGUAUUGAGUUCUUGCUAAACA